AUGGCGCCUACAAGGGAAGUCGAUGCUGCUGCUGCCUUGGCAGGCGCAACGAAUCCUUCGCGGACUAAAAAGAAACCCGCGCCGUCUCCUUUUUACCUACCCUUGAACGUCACCCUCUACUUGUGCCUUAUAUCCAAUGCGCUCGCUGCUUUAUAUGCUCCAAUUCAGGACUGCGAUGAGGUUUUUAACUUCUGGGAGCCGACCCAUUACCUGGGCCAUGGUUAUGGACUCCAAACGUGGGAAUACUCCCCGGUCUAUUCGAUCCGCAGCUGGCUGUAUGUCUCUGCUCAUGCAUUGGUCGGCAAAAUUGGCUCCUUCGCUUUCAGGAACAAAUCCUCCGAGUUUUACGUGAUACGAUUCUUCCUUGCUAUUGUUUGUGCCGCCUGUCAAACACGACUCUACUCCGCCAUCUGCCGCACGCUUAGCCCGCGCAUCGGUCUCGUCUUCCUCAUGGUCAUCCUCUUCAGCCCCGGUAUGUUCCAUGCAUCUGCGGCUUUUCUCCCAUCGAGCUUCACGAUGUACAUGUCUAUGCUCGGAUUGACGGCCUUUCUGGAUUCGAGAGGCGGUCGCAAAACAGCUCAGGGCAUUAUGUGGUUCGGACUCGGCGCAAUUGUCGGUUGGCCAUUUGCUGGUGCUCUUAUAAUCCCCUUGUUGCUGAGGGAGGUGGUCAUUAGUUUCUUUAGCGCAAGUCUACCUAGACUAUGUCGGGGGGUUCUCGAAGGGGCUAUCAGAUGCCUUACGAUUCUGGUCGCCGAAGUCAUGGUUGACCAUGUGUUCUUGCGCAAGCUCGUGAUUGUGCCAUGGAACAUCGUCGCGUACAAUGUCUUUGGCGGAGAGGGCCGAGGGCCUGACAUCUUUGGAACCGAGCCGUGGACAUUCUAUGUCAGGAAUCUGCUGCUAAACUUCAAUAUCUGGUUCGUAUUUGCCAUGGCCGCAGCGCCAUUGCUGGCCCUUCAAGUGGUUCUCCCUUCUCAAACAGCCGACAAACAGACCUUGUUGAGGCGCCUGGCUCUCAUCACUCCCUUCUACAUGUGGUUUGCGAUUUUUACAGCGCAGCCUCACAAAGAAGAGAGGUUCAUGUAUCCGGCGUACCCAUUCCUUGCCCUAAAUGCAUCCAUUUCAGUGCAUAUGGUGCUAUCAUACCUUGGCUCCAGUGACCCCAAAGAAAUGGCUGGUCGCCUUACACCCAAGAUCAAGCUCGCAGCGGUGGUGUCCAUGUUCGUCCUAGCCAUCAGUGCGGGCUUUCUCCGAACGAUGGGGAUGGUCACCGCUUAUAGUGCGCCACUGAAGGUCUUCGAGCCCUUGGAGCAGCCAGGGGUAGCACAACCCGGGGACUUCCUGUGUCUUGGCAAAGAGUGGUAUCGGUUCCCUUCAUCUUUCUUCCUGCCUCAUGGUAUGCAAGCCAAAUUCAUUCGCAGUGAGUUUCGUGGACUGCUUCCUGGCGAGUUUCCUGUUGCCAAGGAUUUGGCUUCUCUCCUGCAAGGCACCUCAACGAUCCCGCCGGGUAUGAAUGAUCGAAACGAGGAAGACCUUGGCAAAUACGUGGAAAUCUCGCAAUGCUCCUUCCUUGUGGAUUCCCACUUCCCAGGCCGAGAAGCAACCGACUUAGAGCCCAACUAUACUCAGGAUGAAAAGGUAUGGGAGAAGCUGGCAUGUCACGACUUCCUUGAUGCCUCCCAGACAGGCCUUCUGGGUCGUCUUACCUGGACUCCGGAUUUGCCGAUAGUGCCGCGAUCUUUGCAGCGUCACUGGGGAGAGUAUUGUCUGCUUCGACGACGCAAUGCCGAUGCAAAGCCGGAGGAGUACACAGUAUGGACGCCUUCGGACUUCAAGAGACCCCCGGCGACACCUUUUGCCGACUGGGAUGUGCACAAGACGAAGCCGAUUCCCUACCGCCCAUUUCGAUACGGGCCCAAGUACUUUGUCACCAUGGGCCUACGCAGUAUGAAAUGGGAUGAAUGGAUCGAGCUGGACAACCACUACCUCCGAUUCCAUGCCGACAAAGCGCUCCGCAUCAAGGAACGAGGCUCGAGAUGCUGCCGCACGCACCCAGACGCAAUGGACGCGGCCAUCGAGCUCCUUGAAGAGCUAGCCAGCUACCUCCCCGAGCGCUACCCCAGCAUGUUCCAGAAGACCGCGACGGGGCUAACCAACACAAUCACGCACGAAACCUUCGACAUUACGCAGCGGCCCCUCCCCGAAGACCCGAUGAUGAUCUGCGCGCGGCUGGUACAAGACGACCUCGCCAUCAUGCUCGAACGGGCCGACGGCGAAUACUACCUCCUGGCGGGCGCGGUGCUUCUGGCAGGAUUCUGGCGACUCGAGGACAAGUACGAGAUGCGGCUAUCGGAGAUCCACACCUCGGGGUCGGUGCCGCAGUACACGGAGAAGCUGGAGCGGGGGAUGAGGAACUUCUUCCGACGGCUGCGGCCGGAGGACCCGGUGGUGCGCAACAACUACUUCAUCCAGGUGGACGAUGCGCUGGCGUGGUCGCACAGCAUCGGGUCCGAGGACGCCGCCGAGGUCUCGUGGAAUACCGCCCAGAAGAACAAGGCGAUCGAGCACCACUUCUUCCGCUCGGAGCGCCAGUCGCUGCGUCGGCUGCCCCGGUCGGGGGGGGUGGUGUUCACCAUCCGCACGUACUUUGAGCCUGUCACGGCUGUCGCGGAAGAGCCUUAUGUGCCGGGCCGCUUGGCGUCGGCGGUGCGCAGCUGGGGCGACGAUGUGUCGCGCUACAAGGGGAAGGAGAAGUAUGAGGAGGUGUUGCUGGAGUUCUUGGAUCGGAAGCAUCAGGAGCAGCUGGCGAAUGGGUUGGAUUUGGAGACGGAGGAGGAGGUUAGGAAGUAUCCUUUCUAG